AUGCUACCCAUAGAAUGUGUUUUUAAUAGUGUAAAAAGUAAAUAGAUAAUGUUUAAUUGCUGGCAAGUACUGUAUUGUAUUGCCUUGGUGGUGUUGUGUGUACUUCUGGAAGGUGACCACUGGAGGGCGAUACAGACCAGGAUAUUGUAAAAACGUUCGUGGGUUGGUCUGGACUCCUCCCAGAGAGGAGGACGUCGGUCCCCUCCGAGUGAAACAAAGAGAUUAGAGGAUGAGAGAGAAGACCUCGACAAGCAUUUUUGUCUGCAUGUCUGUCGACAUAUUUCUUCUAUUUUUGGAUAUAUAUUUUCGGAAGGUGUUGGUCAUCCUUUUGUAUGCCUUAUGUGGACGUAUGGAAUGAUGACUACUGCAAAAAGAUGGAGCUCAGUGCGGAUUUUUGUGCUCUUUGUGCUGCUGGAGUGUUACCGGGAAGCGGUGUGCGGCCAGCUCUCUUACUCUGUGGCGGAGGAGGUGAAUGCGGGGACUUUUGUGGGGAACAUUGCUAAGGACUUGAACCUAAACGUCCAGGAUUUGGAGUCCCGCAUGUUUCAGAUUGUUUGGACUGGCAAGAAGAAAUAUUUGGAGGUAAACCUAAAGACUGGAGUCCUCUAUGUUAAUGAGAGAAUAGAUCGAGAGGAACUGUGUGGAGACCAAUCCAAAUGUUCACUCAGCGUGGAGGCUGUGAUCAAUAAUCCGUUGAAACUGUAUCGAAUUGAGAUCAUAAUAUUAGAUGUAAAUGACAAUUAUCCUAUAUUUAUUAGCAAAAUGCAAGUGUUAAAUAUCACAGAAAACACAGAGGUGAGCACAAAAUUUCCUCUGCAUGCGGCUCUUGAUGCAGACGUUGGUAAAAAUACAGUAAAUUCAUACAAGCUCAGUCAGAAUGAACAUUUCUCUCUUGAUGUACAUAAGGGAGAGAGUGCAACUCCAGAGUUAGUGCUUCAGAAGCUUUUAGACCGAGAGAAACAGCCCAUGAUCAAACUCACAUUGACUGCUACUGAUGGAGGAACACCAGCUAAAUCAGGAACUAUGACUAUUGUUGUCAAUGUACUGGACAUUAAUGAUAAUGCUCCUGUAUUCAGCCAACAGUUAUAUAAAGCUAGUGUAUACGAAAAUAUUGACAUAGGUACAUCGAUAAUAACACUAAAUGCCACUGACUUAGACGCAGGACAAAAUGGGCAAGUGAUUUAUUCUUUCAGUGACGUGGGCCGAGGGAAACAGAAUGGUUUAUUUGCUAUUGACGAAACAAGUGGAACUGUUACAAACAUCAAACAAUUAAACUUUGAAGUCAAGAAUCGUUUUGAUAUUCGAGUACAAGCCACUGAUAGGGCUGUUUUUCCGAGGACUUCACACACCAAAUUAUUAAUAGAAGUUUUAGAUGUCAAUGACAAUGCCCCUGAAAUUUCAGUGACAUCAUUGUUAAACACAGUAAAAGAAGAUGCAACAAUUGGAACUGCCAUUGCAAUUGUCUCUGUGUUGGACAAAGAUGGAGGUAAAAAUGGUUUGGUGCAAAGUAAAAUUAACAACAAUGUGCCUUUUAAACUUGAGUCAAAUUAUAGGAAUUCAUAUUCUUUAGUUGUUGAUGGUCCUCUUGACAGAGAGAGUGUAUCUAUGUACACUAUUAGCAUCACUGCAACUGAUGAAGGAAGUCCACCUCUGUCCAGCACCAGUGUUAUUAAUGUGCACAUCUCAGAUGUUAAUGACAACCCGCCUCACUUCUCAGAGCCCCUCAUUAAUGUUUACAUCAAAGAAAAUAGUCCACCAGGAGCAGUAAUUCAUAGAGUGACUGCAGCUGAUGACGACAUUGAUCAAAAUGGGCGAGUGAGUUAUGCAUUUGUACAAAGUAGCACUGACUCCAUGCCACUAACUACAAUGAUAAACAUCAACUCAGAGAGUGGAGAUAUAGUCAGUUUGCAGUCCUUUGACUAUGAGAAGUUAAAGACGUUCCAGUUCAAAGUUCAGGCCACAGACUCUGGUGUUCCUCCACUCAGCAGCAACGUGACUGUCAACAUUUUUACCUUGGAUGAGAAUGACAACAGUCCCACCAUUUUGGCACCAUAUUUUGAGCACAGCUCCGUUAACAGUGAGAACAUCCCCUAUUCCGCUGAAGCGGGAUACUUUGUGGCAAAGAUCAGGGCUGUAGACGCAGACUCUGGAUACAAUGCACUGCUCUCCUAUCACCUGUCUGAGCCCAAAGGCAGCAACAACCUCUUCCGGAUCGGAACCAGCACCGGGGAGAUUCGCACCAAGAGGAGAAUGAGUGACAAUGACCUGAAAAGUCACCCCUUGGUGGUGUCGGUGUGUGAUCAUGGAGAAGCCUCCCUGUCAGCUACUGUGUCUAUUGAUGUGGUGGUGCUUGAAAGCACAGCUGACAUCCACACUCAGUUCAGACAUGUGCCCAUAAAGGACGAGAACUUCUCCGACUUACACCUGUACCUGCUCAUCGCCAUUGUGGCCGUGUCACUCAUCUUUCUGCUCAGCCUCAUCACUUUAGUAGCCGUCAGAUGCCACAGACAGACAGAGGGCACUUUCGGCAGGUACGGCGCCCCCAUGAUCACCACCCAUCCUGACGGGAGCUGGUCUUACUCCAAAGCUACUCAGCAGUAUGACGUGUGUUUCAGCUCAGACACACUCAAGAGUGACGUAGUGGUUUUCCCCGCCCCCUAUCCACCUGUAGAUGCUGAACUGAUCAGUAUUAAUGGAGGAGACACCUUUACCAGGACUCAGACUUUACCUAACACUGAUAAGGUAAGCACAAUACAUUAUUUCAAAUAG